GUCAAAACCCAACGCAAAGAAAUCAGGAAGCUACGGUCGUACAUUCGUGUCUUCACGCAGUCGCCUCACUUUACAAACGUCGAGACCAGGGCAGAAACAGCAACUUGCGAUAUCGGAUAAGAUGUCAAUUUGGCGUCAAAUUUGUUUGGUGGUGCGGUCAGAAUAGUCAUUUGUUCCUUUAGGGUGUUUUUUUCAACCUUUGGACGUUACGCCUUCGAUCCAACCAAUAAUAACAGUAGAAGAGUAUCGUCACUCAUCUGUUAGACCCAAAUCGUGAACAACAACCUGAAGGGCCAUUACCAGUGUCCGCGCCAACAACUUUAGGAACACAGCCAGUGACACACAAGUCAGCACAAAAUGGGAACGAUCUACCAGGUUAUUGUUCGUAGCCCCAUGGGUGAGAUGGUGGAGGUCGACCUGUGCAGAACCGAGGAGCAGUUUAAGAACAUGGCAGUGCGACAGCUGAAGGAAAAAAUAUGUGAGAAGUUUCCGAACUUUGCAGGAGAGGGGCGUCUGCGUCUGAUAUUCAGAGAUAAGAUGCUGGAUGGAGAUAAUACCCUUCUGUCUGACUAUGGAAUCCAGCACAUGUCUCUCAUCCACAUGGUAAUGAAGCUUCCUGGAGGAGGUGGACCUAUUGAUGAAAACAGUGGGAUGGGGGACAAGACUGGCAAAAAUCGAAGUAUGGAAUCUCUGAAGUUAUCAUUUUAUUAACACAACUAGGUGCUGUGCAGGUCCAACUGUAAUAAACUUUUAUUCAACUUCCAAAUCACAAACUUCUGUUUUACUUUUUUACAAUUAUUUAUGUGCCUGUUCUUGAAGUGGCAGGUAAAGUUUGCUCAUCAUAUAUAGGAAGAUCUCUGUUGAAAGAAGGCUUUCUAUAAUGUUGAGGGUAUGGAUGUUUUGAAAAUCCAAUUUUUGUGAUUUUGUUUGUUCUUUGCUUCUUUGCCACAAAAACUAGUUAAACUUCCUCUCUUGAAGCUUAAAACAAGUUCACCACAUGUGCACCAUUUUAAUUUACAGCAAGAAUAAAUUGUGUAUUCCUCUAUAUUUUGUAUAACAUGUGUCUUACAUUUUUGCAAACAACUGCAAUAGAAACACACCUGAUUGUACAGGUGACGUGUGAAUUCUUGCAAAUGUGAUGGAGAUAGAAAGUGAAACUUGGUGUCAGUGGACCUGAAAAAGUCACUCAACACAUAUUAAUGGUUGAACUUGUCAGAUAUUUUCAGCCUGACUCACAGGAUCAGAGACAAUUGUGCUGUUAGGGUUUGUUUGGUGUGUAUUUGUUUCCAGGAACAACAAGUUCUUUCAAAGCAUUUAUGACAUGUUCUUUGUUUGCUCAGGCUGAUGUGAAGUGAAAUUAUUUGAAAAGCUAAACUGUCAAAGGCAAAAGUAAAACAAAAAAAAAACAUCUUACAAAAUGUAAUGUAUCUGUUCUAUGAACCUAUAAAGUCUGUCUCUUCUCCAUACACCUAGUUUAAAGUUGUCUGUUGUUUGUACAAAGAACAUUGGUUCAUCUCUUGAGUUUAGUGCCUUCUUCAUGCUUCAAUGAUUCAACGAUGCCAGACCCCAGUCUCUCAAUACGCAUGUAUUAGACUGAAAAUGAAAAAGCAGCUGAAAAAUAAUAAAUAAAUAAAUAAAACGUGACUUUUUAAAGCUUUAAUAUAGUGAGUGGUGAGUAAUGCCUUCACUAUCCCCAGAGAUUUUGGAUUUCAAAAAGACCUUUCAUCCAUAGGUUAUUCCGCUUCGAAAUGACAGGGUUCUGUCGCUUUUCAAAACUGCGUUGAUGAUCUUUGUACCAACGACAGAGCAUAACUUGGAAAAAUAAGAAGAAUUUAGGUGAAACUGAAAGCAUCCUCAGCCAUCUGGCAUCAGACUCUGCUGUCUGCUGAGCGCAGAUAACUUGUGUCAGUGUCAUUACCAUUAUUAUUGACAGAAUCUAAAGGAGCACAGAAAUUCUCAUCCCAAAAAGCUAAAAAUGGGGACGGUCUACUGGGUCAAGGUUCAAGGACUAAGGGGUGAAACGAAGUGGAUCGAUAUGUGCAACACUGAUGAGGAGUUUAACAGCAUGACCAUGAAACAUCUGAAGGAAAAAAAUAAGGCACUGUUUUUCAUAUAUGUUGGAUAUCUCAGGUAAAAGCUCUGAAAGACAGAGUGAAAGCUUGCUGUAAUGUGACAUUUUUACCCUUGAGCUGUGGUGUUAUAUGUCUGUGCAUUUCUAGAUAAUUAUACAGAUGCAUUUCAUUGUAUUGUAGUUAAGGAAAAUUCUGAAGCAGUAAAAUUAGCUAACAAGCACAGACGUAUAUGCUUCUUUGUGGUUCACUUCUCACUAGUAUAUAUUGCCAUGAAAACUUAUGCUGGCUAGGUUCCAGAUUACACUCCUUAGGAUCCCUGAGAACUCUGUGUGCACACAAUAGAAAGAUGAAUUUUUAGAUUCACUCUUAUUAUAUAACAACUUUAUUGUUUAACAAGAAUUAAUGCACGGUUCUCAAACAGCAUAUAUUUAUAGCCUUCUUUCUGACCUUAUAUAAAGUUUUCAUGCCGACUAAUCCUAUGAAUUCACUUUU